AUGGGCCUCAGCAACCGCGUUCGUUGCAGGUGUCUGCGCCAUUUUGCCAUUUACUCCCUCCCGUGGCCCGCGCGCCUGCUGAGCCAUCUCCCCCCGGGCACGGUCCUGCCAGAGGUUGAUCGGGAUAACGUUAAGAAGCAUGUCUCGGAGAAGAUUUCGUCGCAUGCCGCCGCUGCUGCGAGCCGCAAGUCUGCCACGGAGGAGCCGUCCACCAAGAAGAAGAUGAUGGCUCCACCGCCCGCGUCUCCCCCUCGUCCUCCGAGUCCGCCGGUAUCAGAGUCCCCUCAUCAUAAAGUCGAGGUGCCCGUGAAGGCGAAGGAGAUGCUUGUCGUGCCGAAACGGCCCAGAGGCCGACCACGCAAGCACCCACGCCCCGAGGAUCUCCCUCCGCAGCCGAAGCGGCCUCGCGGGCGCCCCCGGACGCGUCCGCUGCCUGUCCCGGUCGUCCAGGAGCCUGUAGCCAUCGUUGGAAGGGAGAGCAUCUCUGCGCCCGGGUGGCUCAAGACGUUCGUUAUGGAGAUGGAGGAGCGGCAGCAGCCGCGCGAUGCGAACGGGCGGUUCGGGCGGAAGUCGCUCGCGAAUAAUUUGCAUGCGCGGAGGGAUUAUCAGCCGUUCAGCAGCUUGACGCGGGAGGAGCGGAUAGCGAACCGGGAGAGGAAUAAGGCUGGGGGCGGGAUGGGUCCUCCGCCUCUUCCACUUCCACUUCCUCUUCCUGCCGCUGAGGAAUAUCGUGAUGAGGAGGGACUGCAUCGGCGGUUCAAGCAGGAGGAGGAGGAUGUGGAUAUGGGUGUGCCUGAGGACCUGGACGAUGCGAUGGAUGAAGACGAUGGGCGGGAGCCGCCGUCGAAGAGGCUGAGGAUGUCUGACGGGUCGGACGAGGAGGAUGAUUCCAUUUCUGCUCCUUCGAGGUUUAGAGGAUGGGGCGGCUCGUUGUCAUAUCGGCCGAAUCCGAACAGCUAUGCUCGGCGCAAGCGUUUCCCGCGUCAGUCAGAGUCGGAGCUGGAGUAUCAAGAAGACGAUGACGACGAAGAAGUAGAGGAGGAGGAAGAGGAAGAAGAGGAAGAGGAAGAUGACCGUCGGGACACCGAGGCGGGCGAGUCGCCCGGGACAAGCACGGACGAGACGCCUCCGCCUGUGACGCCGCCUGAAGACCCUGUCACUGUGUCUGCGCUGCGGAAUGUGGUGUACAGUCAUCAGGAGUCUACUGUGGCUGCAGAGGACGAGGACGAGCCGUUGCUGGGCAGGCCGUCGCCGCUCAUGACGAGUGUGCUCACGCUGAAGCCUUCGCCCGUCAACUUCGCGAAGAAACGCUGGUCUUCAACGAUCGCGGCCGACAUGGCGGUGAAGAAUGGUGUUGGCUCUCGUCUCAACAACGGGAAGUCGCAGCUGCUGCAGUUGUCGAGGAACAGUUCGGAGACGAGCGCGUCUUCCCAGCACGGAUACGAGGGGGAGCUCGGUGGAGAAAAGGGCGGACAUGACGGCUAUAUUGACUUUGGUGGAGAGGACGAGAUGGCAGUCGAUGCGGCCUUGCACUCGAAAAGCGAGAAGCGCGUUGAUGACGGAGACGCCGAUGACGGCUCGGGACUGGAGCCGCGCUCGUAUGUGCGCGCGCUGGUCGGCUUGGGCGGAACACUUGUCACGACGUCGAAGGAUAUCAAUGUCGACGUAAAUGUUGUGGAGACGGCUGCGUCCAUGUCGAUGUCGAUGUCGAUAAAGAGCCCGGUGUCCAAGUAUUUGCGCAAGACGCGCUCGUUCUGCGCGGUGGAUGACGAGAGCGUGCAGCCUGCGCUGGUGAAUGCGGGGUGGGAGUCUGGCUCGGACGGGUCUGCGGACGAUGUCUGAUCUGGGGACCUUUUGCAAGUGGACCUUUUGGGCUCUAGGACCAUGUUUCCUUGGUCUCGAGCUUGCUUGUUUCUGCGGUUCUCCCUGGGUUCCCCUCUCUUAUAUAAAUAAUUGGUGACAUUUUUGCACUCCCCGCGAACACGACAGUUUAUAGGCGUGCGCUUCACGAUUAUACUUAUCCCAAGGUUAUUUUAUUUGCUGGUACAGCAGCUCUAAACGCAUCUUUCUCUGCUCAUCUUCUUGUUCUUCCUUUCCUUUCCUUUCGAUUAGUUCUGUCUUUACGGUUGCGUUCGUACUUAUAUUUUCUCGAUUCUUGGUGCUCUGCGCACGCACUGGCACUGUCGAUACAUCUGCUUGCAUACAUAGUAUUGUACGUUUACCCCUCCCGACUGUAAUGCGACACCUCACUUCCCC